AUGGAUGAAAAUGGUAAUCCAGAGCCCCAGCCCUCCUCAGCAACCCCUGGGGUUCUUUCCCUGAGUACCAGCUCAACCUUGGUGAAAAAGGCUCUACAACAAGAUUCCCUCAGCACGGUAGGUGACAGGCUCCCACCAAAAACAGAUGCCGUGGUUAUUGACAUGGGCACAGGCACCUGUAAAGUGGGCUUUGCAGGACAGCCCCAACCCACCUACACUGUAACCACCAUCCUGGGCUGCCAGCCCAAGAAACAGGCCAAUAGGGCCCGAUCAGGGCUGGAAACUUUCAUUGGGGAGGCAGCCCGCUCCCACCCAGAGCUGAGACUGCUGAAGCCCAUUCGCAAUGGCAUUGUGGUAGACUGGGACGCUGCCGAGCUCAUCUGGCGACACGCACUGGAGCACGACCUCCAAGUGGCCACUAAGGACCACCCUCUGCUGUUCUCAGAUCCGCCGUUCAGCCCUGUCACCAACCGAGAGAAGCUGGUAGAAGUGGCCUUUGAGUCAUUGGGGUCACCGGCCAUAUAUGUAGCAUCCCAGUCUGUGCUGUCAGUCUACGCCCACGGGCGAAUUAAUGGACUCGUGGUGGAUACCGGCCACGGGGUAAGCUACACAGUGCCUGUUUUCCAAGGCUACAACUUGCCCCAUGCCAUCCGGCGCUUGGAUCUAGCCGGCAACCACCUGACUUCCUUCCUAGCAGAAAUGCUGCUGAGGUCUGGCUUUCCACUGCGACAGGAGGACCUGGACACCGUGGAGAACAUCAAACAUCAUUACUGCUAUGUGGCCUCAGAUUUCCAAAAGGUGCAGGUCCGUCCACAGCAGGAGUACCAGCAGACCCUGAAGCUUCCUGAUGGGCGGAUUGUCACACUAGGGAAGGCGUUGUUCCAGUGCCCAGAGCUGCUAUUCCACCCUCCGGAGAUCCCAGGACUGUUGCUCACGGGCCUCCCAGCCAUGGCUGAACAGAGUCUCCGCAAAGUGCCCCAGGAGCUGCGGACCCACGUAGCCCAGAACGUGCUCCUGUGUGGUGGCUCCUCGCUCUUCACAGGGUUUGAGGGUCGCUUCAGGGCAGAACUGCUGCGCGCUCUGCCCCCUGAGGACCACUUGGUGGUGACAGCCCAGCCCAACCGGAACCUUUCGGUGUGGAUCGGGGGCUCCAUCCUGGCCUCGCUGCGUGCCUUCCAGUCUUGCUGGGUCCUGAGGGAACAGUAUGAAGAGAGGGGCCCCCAGGUCGUGCACCAAAAAUUCUACUAA